CAACGACAUCUGGAAAUAUAAAAAUAACUUUUAAUUGUGUAACUGAAAACUAGUUUAAAAUUAAAAGAAGUUUUAAAUAUUUUUAUACUCAUCACGAAAAUCAAUUAGAAUUACCACUUAUCGAAUUUUAAUAUUAUUGUCCUCAUAAAUGAAAGACAAGGAUUAGAAAUAUUGUAUUUGUAUUACAAUUGACUACUGAUAAUUCAAAUAAUACGUUUAUUCAGCACAUUUGUAGACAGCAGAUUUCUUGGAAUUCAUAUAAACCACGUGCAUUCAAGUUAUAUACGAUUUUAUUAUUUUCUUAUCAUAAUCAUGUUUUGAAUAUUGAAAUUCUUUUAAAGUAUACAUAACAAAAAAUGUGGUGAUAACUUGCUGACUGUGAAAUAUUUUUAAAUAUAGCCAACAAUAUAUGUCAUUGAUAAUUAUAUUUCUUGAACAUCACAAAUAUUGGAAUUAAAAAUAAUAAAUUAAUUGAAAAACUUUAAUAAUUAAUUUAUUAUUAAUGAAAGAAAAAUUAGUAUUGUAUAGAAAGUGAAAAAUGUGAUGCAAUUUUCAAACAUAAGAUCGUCAUAGUAUAACCAAUGAGAAGAAUCGCCAUAUGGUGAGGAGGUGUAAAAAAGACUCAUACACGUGCUGAGUAACGGCUUGGUAGAAGUAGUAGUUUCUUACCGGUCUACUAUUGUAUUCCCUCCACGUGUCUUGGAUGUUAGAAAUUAACUUCGGGCGAUGACUGUCUCAGUAGUAGUCAGAAAGCUCUCAAGAUAUCAACACAAAAGUAUCAAUUUAUUAGAUGUACUUCACUAUUACAGUAUUUAGUUGAAGUUUUUCUUAAUUUUUUUUUUACAAAGAAAGUGCUGUUAUUUGUGUUAUAAUGCCGGAUAAAAUCGCGCCACUCGAACACCAAAUGAUUCCUGAUAAGCCAGAAAUACAAAGUGUUAAACUGAAAAAAGAGCUUGGACUUCUAGAUGGUGUAGCUAUAAUUGUUGGUGUUAUUGUUGGUGCUGGUAUUUUUGUAUCUCCAAAAGGUGUUUUAACUCACAGUGGAAGCAUUGGCCUAGCUCUUAUAGUAUGGGUUUUUUCGGGGUUAUUGUCUCUUAUUGGAGCGUUAUGCUAUGCAGAACUAGGUACUAUGAUACCCAAAUCUGGUGGUGAUUAUGCCUAUAUCAGUGAUGCCUUUGGACCACUACCAGCUUUUUUGUACUUGUGGGUAGCUUUAUUUAUUCUGGUGCCGACUGGAAAUGCCAUUACAGCCUUAACAUUUGCCACAUAUAUAUUACAACCCUUUUGGCCGGGAUGUGAACCAUCUGAUGAAGCCGUACGGCUAUUCGCUGCUCUAGUAACUUGUUUAUUAACGGCAAUAAAUUGUUACAAUGUGAAAUGGGCAACGAGAGUACAAGAUAUUUUCACUGGAACUAAAAUAUUUGCUUUAAUCAUAAUUAUGACUGCUGGUGUUUGGUUUUUUUUCUCAAGUGAUUCGAGUAAUUUUUCAACACCAAUGGAAAAUACUAAUACAGAGCCUGGUUAUAUUGCACUCGCUGUAUACUCUGGUUUGUUUUCAUACUCCGGUUGGAAUUAUCUUAAUUUUGUCACAGAAGAGCUUAAAGAUCCUUACAGGAAUUUGCCGAAAGCUAUUUGUAUAUCAUUACCUUUAAUUACAAUUAUUUAUGUUUUGGCAAAUUUAGCUUACUUUGUUGUCCUAACUAGAGAUGAAAUUUUAGCUUCUAAUGCAGUUGCUGUGACAUUUGGUGAUAAACUACUAGGAUCAAUGGCAUGGAUAAUGCCAGUUUUUGUAGCAUGUUCAACAUUUGGUUCAUUGAACGGUGCAAUUUUUGCUUCGUCUCGAUUAUUUUUUGUUGGAGCAAGAAACGGUCAUCUACCUAAUGCUAUAGCUCUUAUAAAUGUAAAAAAUUUAACGCCUAUGCCAUCACUCAUUUUUCUCUGCAUUAUCACGCUAGCACUGUUUAUAACAAAGGACGUCUAUGUGCUGAUCAAUUAUGUUAGCUUUGUUGAAGCACUCUUUACUACACUCUCAGUUUCUGGCCUCCUAUGGCUGAGGUACAAAAAGCCUGAUCUCCAUCGACCUAUAAAGGUGUCUCUCGCAUUACCGAUUAUAUUUUUGAUAAUAUGCAUUUUCCUUGUUACAUUACCUUGUUACGUCACUCCAUUAGAAGUUGGAGUUGGCUUGAUGAUUAUUUUAUCCGGAAUACCCAUCUAUUUUAUUCUUAUUGAUUGGGAUAAUAAACCAAAAUGGCUCGAAAAUGCAUCACACUCAUUCAACAUGGCUUGUUCAAAAUUGUUCAUGUGUGUGCCAGAGGAAAAAGACGACUGAAUAAAACAUAAGUUUUAAUAUUAAAAUAAGAAUAAUUCAAUAAAGAAGAAAAUGAAAUUAUGAAAUACUUUACAAUAAUUUAUAUAAGAUAAAAUUAAAUUAAAUUAUUAAGAUAUAUCACUAUAAUUAAAAUGAUACAUAUUUUGUUUGAAUAAAAUUUGAAAAUUAUUUUUCUAAACCUGUGAUGUACAGAAAGUAUUAGAUUUAUUUCUUACGUUUGAAUAUUUUGUUGAGAAAAAACUUUUAAUCAUAAAAAAAAUAAUCUAAUAAUGAUAUA